GCCUGGACGAACAUGGAGCAGGACGCUUAGACACUGAGCUCCGCGUCCCCGGCCGACGUUUAUCAGCCAUAAUAUAGCAAAACCGCUCACCUACCAGUGCAAAUGGUCCGCAAUAAGAAGCAGUCAAUCCCAGGCACUCCCCCCGCCGCCACACGGGCCCGAUGGACGGGUACUUUCCCUCGCAACCCGACGGACGUGACAUGCAGCCCGCAGACAAGAUGGCGCUGGAGGAGGAAAGCGCGGCUGGAUCCCCGGCAGGGGAACUGGCACUGAUACGAGCUGAGCUCACUCAAAUUUAGUCCAGGAUGCUAACCAAAGCGGACACUAACCAAAUGGUGCAGGAACUCAGGGGGGCACUGAGGGAAGAACUGGCAGGCCUGCGCACUGACCUGACUGCGCUGGAGGGCAGGGUGGAGGAAGUGGAGGCCACGGCCCAAGAUUGUGCCCAGCAACGCCAGGCUACAGAAAUGGCGGUCACCAGGCAGGGCAACCUAUUGCUCACCAUAAGAAGGCAAGUAGAAGACCUAGAGAAUAGAAGCAGACGCAGCAACAUACGGGUGCGCGGUCUGCCUGAAACUGACGCUUCCCCGCUCACCAGCACGCUGGAAGCGCUAUUUCAGCACAUCCUAGGAGCCGAAGCACCAGAUGCCAUUCGCUUUGUGAGGGCAUACAGAGCACUGGGCCCCACGCGGCAGGAUGGCAGCCACAGAGAUGUCAUAUGCUGCUUGCACGACGGAGGCCUGAAAGAGAAGAUCAUGGCAGCUGCGAGAGGGGAGCCCACCAUCAGGUUUCGCAACGCCGACAUAUCCCUGUACCAGGACUUGUCUGCACUAACGCUAGAUGCAAGAAGAGCCGUGCGCCCAGUUACAAGCGCACUCCGUGACAAGAGGAUCCCAUAUCGUUUAGCCUCCAAGCAAAGCAAGGAAACUCAUGGGUGACCGCCCGCUGGCAAGAGGACAUACCGGGUUUCCUGAGAGCCCUGCAUUUACCAGCAAUCAGAGUCCGAAAUUGGAUUAUAGAAGAAGCAGUUGCCGCGAGGAGAGACCCCCUGACCCCGGUGUUCCAUGAGGGGGUGCAGCGGGAGAGGAAUGCCCCACAACGCAGGUGGGGAGGACUCUCCGGUCCGGAAGAAUAGGUCGGCGGGCUGACUGAGUGGCGGGUGGACGGUGAG